AACUCAGUCUGUUACUUCUGCCUCCUUUGAGCAGUAACCUCCUCUACAUCCCUUCGCUAUAUCAUUUACUCUAUUUUCUCUUCAACUAUGGAUGUGGAAGACGAACAGUGUGAUGAGCUGUUGUGUUUACUUGAAAAGCAGGAGCAAUUUGCAGAUCAUCUCAUAGAUUUGGCCAAACAACUGGAGGAGAUGACUAAAGCUAUGACUAAAGGCCAGUUGGUGGGAAACACAGCAACUGUGCUUGGGUCUAUUGCCCUGGUUGGAGCAGGCUUUGCAACUUAUAUGACUGCAGGCCUGGCUUUCCCCUUGUUGGUGAAGACAGCAGGUUUCGUGGCUUUAACUGGCACUGCAACCAGUCUUACAUGUAAGAUUUUAGAGAUGUGGAAAUCCAAUGAAGCAAUGAAAAAUGCAGAGAAAACCGCUAAUGAAAUUGAAGAGAUUUGCAAAAAAGUGGGUGAGAGUCAAGACCUUAAAGGCUUGCCCUCUGAUGAAGUGGGGAGUAAAAUCACAGGAGUAAUCCUGAAAGCCAUGGCCAAAACCGCUGUGAAAAAAGCAGCAAAAAAAGGAACAAAAUAUACAGUACAAAAAGGAGCAAAAUAUGCAGUACAAAAAGGAGCAAAAUAUGCAGCAGCUGAAGGAGCAAAGUCUUCACUUUUAGUGGCUAAUAAAGGAAUGUCUGUUGCACUGAAAACUGUGUCAAAGGGAGCAGGCCAGUUUGCAGGAGGAGCCCUUGGCCUGGUAUUCACACUUCCUGAUCUGAUUAACAACUGUGAAGAACUGAUUAAAGACAAGCACCAGACAGAAGCUAGCAUUUAUCUGAGGAAAACAGCUAAUGAAAUCCGUGAUGCUGUGAAACAGUUAAAGAAGCAGAUGAAUGACUUUGAAAAGAUGCUCGAUGAAACUUCUGACACCGAGUGACGCUGAUUUGGCUACAGAGAUGUGUGCCAACCAAAUAUACACAUGAGGCACAAUUUGUGUGAUGAAAUGAAGGAAACUGUUGCUUGGUAUGCAAUGGGAUUUUAAAGAGGAAAAAACUAUCACGUUGCUAAUCAACAAUUAAAUUAAACUAAAAGCUUUGCCAUUUGUAGUAAUACUGCUAAAAGAAUGAUGGUCAUUGAGGUUUACCAAGAUCACACAAAAAGACUUGAAAAUCUAUUGGUUGCACUGAAAGCAUGAUUUUGCCUCUUUAAAACAAAAAAUGUGCAUAGUGCAAAAUGGCUGCAAAUGACAUCAUUAAUUAUUCACUGACGAGAAAAACAAGAGAUUAUUCACAAGUUCUGGGAUGGAGAAAGACCAUAGAAGAAGCCUCUGUAGUCCAUCUGCGAGAUUAAACAACAUAAGGCAAAUAUGGCAAUUAUUAGCUAUUAAAAGCUUUAUAUCCUACAUCACCAGGAAGAGCGCUUCUGUGGGUUCAUCGUUAACAAUUCACUUUCUUGAACUCUCUCAAGCUACAUUUUUUAUUACUGAUAAUCUCACACCAAUUAAUGUGUAAUUUUGAGUGCAAUCUUAAUCAUAACGCCUAUUGUGUAAAAAACACUGAGCAUAUAUAAAUUUAGAUAACAGUUAACCAAUUUAUAAUCACAAAGCAAUGUUAAUCAUGUAAUCAUUCAUGCUAUGCAGACUAAUCCUGUUAAAUAAACUUAAAACAUCUUUUC